AUGCCUAGUUCAGGAGCUCUUUUUGGUAAUACGGCAACGAGGAGUCAAAAUAAAAAUUUGGUCGAAUUCAAAGCCGGAAAAAUGACCAUGAAAGGUAAAAUGGUGCAUCCCGAUAAGCGUAAAGGGUUAUUAUACGUGUAUCAAUCGGAAGAUUCUUUGAUGCAUUUCUGUUGGAAAGAUAGAGUUACGGGAGUUGUUGAAGAUGAUUUGAUAAUUUUCCCAGAUGAUAGUGAAUUUAAAAAAGUCGAACAAUGUACCACUGGAAGAGUUUACGUAUUGAAAUUUAAAUCAUCAAGCAGAAAAUUUUUUUUCUGGAUUCAAGAACCUAAAACUGAUAAAGAUGAAGAAAAUUGUAAAAAAAUUGUCGAAAUGUUAAAUAAUCCUCCUGCUGCAGGCUCUGGAAGAAGCGGACAUAAUCCAGAAGCUGAUUUACAAAAUCUUUUGGGUAGCAUGACACAGCAUCAAUUGAUGCAACUUUUUGGAACUUUUGGUACCGGUGGUGCUGGCGGAUUGAGUAACUUAUUAAGUACAAUGAGUAGGCCCCCUCAAGAGAGGGCUCCUGUCGUUACAAAUAAUACAGUUACUGCAACGGAAUCUGCUUCGACUACAACUUCAUCUGAUUCAUCAGUGAGAAUGUUAGCCACAACUAAUGCUGCAGGGGCUGCUAAUGCAGGAACUACGGUGACUAGAAAUAAUUCUGGAGUAGCAUCUAGCAAUCAGCCGAUACAAUUGAGCGAUUUACAAAAAUAUUUAUCUAAUCUUACUCAACCGACAGAAGGAAGAGUAACUGCUCCACCCAAUGUGGAUUUAUCCGAUGCUCUCAACUCUGAAAGCAUAGCUGGUGUUUUAAAUGAUCCAAAUUUAAUAAGAGAAUUAUCUCCUCAUCUUCCGAACAUAGGAGGAACAGAAAGUACAGAACAACAGUUAAGAUCAACAAUAACAUCACCUCAGUUUCAACAGGCGGUUAGUAUGUUCAGUGCAGCAUUACAAUCAGGUCAUUUAGGACCAGUUGUACAGCAGUUUCAAGUUGGGGAAAAUGCUGUUAAUGCAGCUAGAGAGGUAGGAUAA